UCCAGGGGGAGUGCGCGGGCAUUCGCGGGCAGAGGGAAGCCUGGGAGGCGGGAGCCUCGCUCCGCGCUGGUCCCGGCAGACAGCGGAGGAGCCCGUGGUCUGGGAGGCCCCCGGCCGAGCCGCGUCUGCAUCUGCAGCACUGCCUUAGAAAUAAGAAAAAAGUGGCCCCAGUUUUUGGAACUGGAAGCGGGUCUUGGCCUUUUGUUCCCUGCCCGCCUGCGUGCCUCGGCUUUACAGUGACGCCCAGUGCAGAGCUGGCCAGCCCGGUCGGAUCGUGGAGCAGAGUGAGUUCUGAGCAGGCUGCCUGAGGUCUGGCGACGCCGGCGGCCUCAGCCCCUCUGGACCUCCAGGUCCCAAUUCUGGCCUGCGGGGCAGCUUUGGAAACAGGUUAUGAUGAUGUCAGACAUUGCUAAAGACAGAACGGCUCAUGUACUGAAGAAGAGGGGCAGUGUGUCUUCUUUAAGUAGCCAUGAGUUCCGGCGGAAAGAGCCUCGUGGGCGCACCAAAGACUCUCUGAGUACAGUGUCUUAUAUGGAUGAACCUAGCCAGCGUGAAGAUGCCUCUCACUUCGCAGUUCAGAUGGAAAACACCUACCAACUGGGUCCUACCAAACAUUUUCCUGUUGUCAUUGUCAAUCAUAUUCUGAAAGAUGUGUUAACUAACUACCUACAAGAAGAAAAAUAUGAACCAGAGCUCUGUAGACAGAUGACUAAAACAAUUUCUGAGGUUAUUAAAGCCCAGGUCAAGGACUUGAUGACUCCACGAUAUAAGCUAAUUGUGAUGGUUCACAUUGGACAACGGACUGGCCAGAGCAUACUGAUUGGAAGCAGAUGCCUCUGGGAUCCUAAAAAUGAUACCUUUGCCUCUUACAUUUUCAGAAAUUCUUCUCUCUUUGCUCUUGCAAAUGUCUACUCAGUUUACUUUGAGUGACUGAAAACAAGAAAUCUAGUUCGUACUUUUUAAAUCAAGAAAUAGGCUGUAUCUUUGUACACAAGUUUCACUGCCCAGACGUUUGAGAAAGACUCAACACUAAUAUUUCAAACAAUUGGAAGUUUGGGGACUUUUUCAUGCUCUUGUAAGUAUGAAAGAGUAUACUUACUCUUUGGGGGAGAGAAGGUGGCACAAGAAAGACCCUUGUUUAUCCAAAGAAGGAACUAAGUCUUGGUUCUGCUGGAUUGUUUUUUCAUAGACAUAGAUUCUUAUUAAAUAUUGCUUUGGGUACUAAUUAUUUUAAUUACACUUUAAUUAGAGAGUUAGAAUUCCCUGCAUUAUUUUUUUAAUGAAGAGAAGUCUUAAAAAAUAUGGCUAUGUACCCUGACCAAUAAAUGACGGUAGCAUAUUCAAUGUGGUAUACACAAAUGAUCAAUGUUACUCUGUCUCAGUGCUGUGU